GUCACAGUCGUGAACAGUCGGGUUUUUAACUAAACAUACAAGAUGGAACCUUCGUAUCUCAAAGCUUAACCUGGAUUAAGUGUUAAUAGUUUGGUCUUUCGUUUUGAUUACAAUACACAUUUCUUUUUAAAAUAUUUUAACGGAACUUGAACUUGAACUUUACAAAAAGAUAAUGUGAAAAUUGAAAUGUGAAACGUGCAGCAGAAGUGUUUUUUUUUUAAUCAGAACUUUUAUAUCUGCCUAAUUUAAUUUAAUAAUCCCUUGAUUUUGGAAACCGAGUUCUUAAAAAUUUCAAAUCUAUAAACUGAACAUAUGUAGCACUAUUAUUUUGAAGAAAUGAUGUCGAAACAAUCAAAUCAUACAGUUCUGCAUUAUUUGAAAAUAAUAACAGUUCUCGGAUGCGUGGUUCUGGUCCUCAACAACAGUGUUUCCAUAUUUCAGUCAUCUUUAUACCUGAAAGAAGAAAUUCAGACAGUAAAUCGAAGUAUUCUCGACGUGCGGACAAAUUCAUCAACUCCAACAGAAGAUGCGACCUUACCUCCUGCUGGAUAUUUGGUAUGGAACAAACAUUGCCGCAUUCCGGAUAUCGAUCCUUUUACCCGGGAUGCCAUGAAGAUAUUCCAUAAGAAGAAAUAUUCAUCAUGUUCUGAGGAAUUACCCUUGACGAAAAUGCAAUACGACAUGAAUCUUCGAUCUUAUAUCAUUCACAUAGACGAAACUGCAAAAUUUAAAUUAAUUGAUAAGAAUAUACGUGGGAGCAUAAAUUGCUGUUAUCAAUCGAUUUUACGAUCUGGUUCUGGUAAUCGUGUUGACAAAGAUUUCAAGCUAAAAGACUGUGUAGCUUUUGAAAGUGGCGAUGUGAUACCUGAUGACGUCGAGGGCUUAAUUAUUACGUGUAAGGAUGAUAAAAAGAAGAAAAAUAUUCAGCAAGACGCAUUCUAUUUGGUACGUGAAAAGCAAGACGUGAGGCAAAGGCUAGAGACUUAUCAAAAUGGAAGUUUUCCUAAUCGACCUGCGAGUGUGCUAAUGUUGGGAAUCGAUAGUAUGUCGAAAUUUAAUCUACGAAGAGUGAUGCCAGAAACCACGGAUCGACUAAUAAAAGACGGAUGGUUUGAACUAAAAGGUUACAACAAGGUUGACGAUAACACCUACCCCAAUUUGAUGGCAUUUCUCACUGGCUACAAUCAACCGAAUGCUAAUUCCAAGUGUAAGCCAAAAACAAUAAAUGGCUUAAGCAAUUGCACCAUGAUAUGGAAUUUAUUUCGAGACAACGGAUAUGUAACCAGUUACGCUGAGGAUGAAACUUGGAUGAGCACUUUCAAUUUUAACAAAAUAGGCUUCAGUAAGAGCCCUGUAGACUACUACUUGCGACCUUUUAUGUUGGCCAUAGAAAAGACCCUUCGCACAAAGAAACAGUCGGGAAUGUCAUUUUGCGUGGGACAACGUCAUUCAGCUGAGUAUAUCUUUGAUUUGGCUAUCGACCUCGCAACUAGAUACAAGAGUGAGCCAUACUUUGGAUUGUUUUGGACAAACACUUUUAGCCAUAAUUCAUUUAGUGACCCAUCCAGCAUGGACACUCGAGUUAAAAAAUAUAUCGAUGAAUUGAAGGAGAAUGGUAUACUCGAUGAAUCGAUUGUGGUCCUACUUAGCGAUCAUGGAAUGAGAUUUGGUCCAUUGAGAAGUCUAAGGCAGGGAUUUCUUGAGGAACGGCUGCCAUUUAUUUUCAUCUGGCUUCCCUACUGGUUCCGAGCUAAAUAUCCACACUUUGCCAAGGCCUUGGAAGCAAACAAACACCGCUUAACAAAUGCCUACGAUCUUCACAUGACUCUAAAGCAUAUUCUCGAACUAACAGGAAGAACUGGAAAACUUCCGCAAGCCGAAGACUGUCCAAAUUGCCAAAGUCUCUUCUAUCCGGUUCCGGCUGAACGUGCAUGUCAAGACAUAGCCAUUGAUGAACAUUGGUGUACUUGUAUUCCAUUCGAGGAUGUGAAUAAAAACGAUAAAAUUGUUUUGGGUGCCAUUAGUGCUGUUCUCGAUAAUUUGAACACGUAUUUAAUGGAAGGAAAGUUCUUCCCACGCUGCACAAAGCUAAAACUGAAAUCCGUUGAUAUUGCCAGAAAGAGAUAUGAUUUUGAUAAUUCAUUGUCGAAUAGCGAGGGUCCUGCUUUGGACCACUACCGCGUACGAUUUACUGUGCCGCAGGGAAAAUUUGAAGCUAGUGUUUCGUAUUCGAAAACUUUGAAAACCUAUGAAAUUAUUGAUAGUGUAAGUCGUUUGGAUGCCUACAAAGAGACCUCCGAGUGCAUAGAAGAUGGAGAUGCUAAAAAGUAUUGUAUCUGUGAUAAAAAGUCUGAGCCAAAUAAAACUAUUAGUAAUACAAAUAAAUGAAUUAAAAGUAUCUUAAAGUUAUGAUAGUUCUUAACGCUAAGAAGGAAAUCCCAGUUGGAUAAACUGUUUGAAACGUUUAUACACAGAAUUUAUAUUUUUCGUGUUGUACGGUUCUUUAGAUCUAAAAUUUAAAAGAUAAUAAUAAUAAUUUUUUUUGUAUGGAAACUUAUCCGAUCUUAGAAUAAAAGCCAAAUAAUUUAUAAAAAAUUAAUGUACACAGUGCAUUAUUUGAGUUUCUUAUAAGCGUCGUGUACUGUAUCGUCUUUUGUCUGCACAUCGUCUACUUUAAAGUAUUUCGAUAAACAAAUCUUAAUAAAAUAAAUAUUUAUGUUUGUUUUUAAAAUACAAAAUGACGUGUGUCUAUGCAUGCAUAGUAGGUAGAUUGUUUAAUGUGAGUUUAGAGUAGUUUAUAAAAGUUAUCAACUUUCAA